AUGGCACCGCCUACAAAAUCCGCGGCGGAAGCAACACAGAACGACGAUGCGGCCAUAAAAAAUUUGCAGCGGAAGAUUCUUCCAUCGAAUAACUUAUGGAUCGGUAAUUUGUCACCAAAUGUGACAGAUUUUGAGUUAAAGCAUCUGUUUGCCGCUCAUGGAGAAGUGAUCGGCAUUAAUUUAUUCCCUCCCCGUCGUUAUGCCUUUGUGCACUUCAAGGAAACCGAGGGCGCGAACUUGGCAAGGCAGGGUCUGCAAGGCUAUGUUCUUCACGGGAAGCCUCUCGUGAUUAAUUUCGCUAAACCGGCUAAACCGUCCAAUAUCUUAUGGGUGGGUGGAAUCAACCAAUGUGUUAACAAAGAAGAAUUACAGAAAGAGUUCGUCAAGUUCGGCCAAAUCAAAAAACUUAGAUAUCUCAAGGACCAACACAUCGCAUAUAUUUAUUACAUGAGCGUAGAAGAAGCUGCUGAAGCACUGAAAAGUAUGAAUGGGAAACCAAUUGGUGGUGAUAAAAUACACGUGGAUUUUCUCAGGUCACAGUCUCCGAGAGAAUCACAAUCCCUUCACAUAGGCUCUCAAGAAGGUGGCUCACAGUGUAGUAAAGUGUUACUGAUAAGAUAUCCUCCUCCUCUUGUCAUAGAAAAACACAUGCUUCAUGGUGCAUUGUCCCAUUUUGGAGAAAUUAAGAGGAUCAAUACGUCAACAGACAUGCAUUUUGCUUUGGUUGAAUUCAGAACAGAGGAAGAAGCUUCAUGUGCUAGAGAGUGUUUACAAGGGAAACUUUUUAAUGAUCCAAGGAUUUCAAUUGAGUUCUCCAGUAGUGAGCCUGGCCGGAGAGCACGGUUAAGUGAAUGUCCAUAUCCACCCGUUCAGACAGACAUGCUAGACCUUGACCGCCCAGUUUUAGCAUCGUUUGGACCUCAUCGUCCUGAUGUAAUCACGAGACCAAUCACCGCUCCGCGUGUUACGUUUGAACCGGUGGUUCCAGGCCCCGGUCACCAAACUCCUGCUGGAGAUCCAAAUUUGAGAAGGCUAUCAUUUGCAACUGGAAUGAUCUCUUUUUCUUCUCCAGGUUUUAGUAUUCCGGACAAACGUGUAUCUGGUGCUUGGGAUGGUUUUCAUUCUAAUGAGCUUCACAGAGAGUCUAAAAGAUCAAGAUUUGAUGCUCCUUUGUCUGCUGAGAUAAUGAAAACUGAAGGUGAGAAUUAUCUUACCACACUAAGCGUCACAACCGGUGCAGUCGGGCAUCAUAGUGAUUGCAUAUGGAGGGGCAUUGUUGCAAAGGGUGGAUUGCCUGUUUGUCGUGCUCGCUGUGUUGCUAUAGGAGAACGGAUAGAUACUCAUCUGCCUAAUGUAGUUAAUUGCUCUGGACGGAUCAGACUGGACGUGUUGAGUAAAAAAUACGCUAGUGCUAUUGGGUUCAAUCUACUUCUGUUCUUGCCUGAUAGCGAAGAAGAUUUUGCUUCAUACACGGAGUUCCUGAGCUAUCUGAUUGCCAAAGACCGGGCUGGAGUGGCAAAGUUAGAUGAUGGUACCAUGUUGUUUUUGGUCCCUCCAUCUAAUUUUCUAUCGAAGGUUCUUGAUGCUUCUGCACCCUUACGCCUGCACGGAUUAGUGCUAAAGUUUUCUGAACCAGGGUCCAACAGCAGAUCCAUGAGUGCAUUGCCAAUUCAGCCUCAGUAUGGGGACGCACACAAAGAGACUUACUUGCAAACAGGAUAUAAUGUUGUGUAUCCGGAACAAAGGCCAUUGCCGGUUACUUAUUCUGGGGUUUUGCCCAAGGUUUCAAUAUCACCACCAGAAGCGCCUCGUCUUCUAAGUAGCUCUUUACAGGGGCACUCCGUUGCACCACCUGAUGUUAACAUUUUUGGGGGUGAGGCAAUAGAUCAUCAUGGAACUGAUGCUUCAAAGUUUGCUAGUUCAUCGAAUAUCCAGCAAGAAGCAUGUCGUGUGCCAUUAGCCAAUCAGUCUAAUGUCAAUGAUGUGUCUAAACCGUUGCCUUCUGAAGUGGAGUGCAAACAUCAGAAUCAACAGUUUCAGACUGCUGUAAAUCGGGAAGUCCAUGAAAGAAUUGAAACUGAGGCUGAGAAAAAUGAGCGGUAUAGCAAACUAUUGUUGUUUGCAGCCAAUCUCCUUUCCCGAGUACGCCAACAACGUGACAGUCCACCCGAGAAUGGUACGAGAGUCGAUGAAAGUGCACCCUCAUCAGGCAACUAG